UGGCUGAGGAUGUGCCUGUGGGGACACAGCAGGGCAGAGCCAGCUCUGGUGGGGACGUGGCUCAGACUCUGCUGCCUGGUGCCAUGCCAUCUCUAGAGGAAGGACCGUGGGCACAGCCAUCUGUCCUGAAGUUACUGCUUUCAAAGAUCUACCCAAAGAUCAUAUACUAGAGACAAUGGAGAGGCCUUCCUUGGAAUUUAACCUGCCUGAUACUCAUGAAGAAGGAAAACUUUAUGUAGUUGAUUCCCUAAACAACCUAAACAAGUUAAAUGUUUGUCCAGCUGAGUCCCAGCAUUCACUAGACCAGGAAAACAACACUGGUGGUGCUGGAGAAAGUAUGGCAGGGAGCAACGCAGGAAACCAGCGUUUGUUCUUCGUCACCUUUGUUCUUACUCUGACCGUCAGUUUGGCACUUGUUUCAUUUGUAAUAUUCUUAAUAUUUCAAACUAGAAAUGAGGUGGACCAAAUAUCAAGCAGACUACUAUCUGAAAAGAAGAACAUAGAAGAGCUGAAGAAACUUAACAAUAUUAUAUUAAAGCAUCUGAAUCAAUCCAGAAUUAAGGAAAAGCCUUCUGAUCUUCAUGCUUACUUUUUCACCCAUGCUGAGCUCAAAGUCCCUGGAGAAUAAAUUUUCUUUGGAAAGAAAUUCAGCAUAUUCAUAACUCAGACGUGUUCACAUAUGGCACACAGGCUGCUGAACCAUGGUUGCUGAAACAUUGCUGGAAAAGCCAGCUGAAUGAAAAACAUUAGCAAUUAGUAUUUUACCCUGUUUUACAUGGACAUAGAUUUGUAAUAGCAAGCCCAUAGGAUUCACAAUAAACAAUGGAUUUUCAGUGUGGGCAAAACUUCCAGAUUCCCUGUGCAUUGUAAAUCACAGGGGUAAGGCCCUAGUUUCACUUUAAAUGCAAGUUAGUGAUCACAGAAAAUCACGAGUUCUAUUCACAUGAUUCCAGCAUGACCUUGUUCACUUAUUCAUUCUUAUGUUACCUUUGUACAAGCUUUCGGUUUGUUUCUAUUUCUAUUUGUAUUUAAGGAUAACUUUGGGUUUCAUAACUUAUAAAUAAAUCCAUUUCUGGUCUAGAGUUUUGUGGUUUUCCCUUCUGUGCACAUAAAUAUACUGAUAUACUACUCUUUUUGUGAAAAAUCACCAAAACUUGAAUAACAGCAAACCCUUUCAUAAGAUGCCAUAAUCAUCCAAAUUUGUAUUGACAGAGUGAGUGUUCUAUUGCUUUACAUGGAAAAUGUGUUUAGAGGACUCAGUCUGUUAAUGCCACAGCAUCAUCACAAGCACUCUCUCUCAUAGCAAUGCCAAAACACUGUACUCACAACCUGCAGGUGAAGACUGUGUUUUUA